CACCUGAAGAAAUUGAAGUGCGUACAUUUAAACAAAAUAUAAAACGUAGAGUUAUAAAUGAAACAACAGCAAUAGCUAAAAUUUAUGAUGAAGAACUUGCUCGGCAACCAAUGUCACAAACAGCAGCUGCUAUUAUUCCAUCAUCAUAUGAAGCAAGUUUAAAUCGUGCACGUAGAAAAAUGACACCAAUAUUACCAAAGUCAUAUGUAUUUGAUAUACCAGCGCAAUAUCAGGUUACACUUGGUGACGAACAGUUUUUAUUAUGUGAUAAAACAUUACAUAAUAAACGUUUAUUAUUAUUUGGUACAGAUCAACAAUUAACAUUUCUAUUUUCUGCCAAACAUAUUAUGAUGGAUGGUACAUUUGAUACAUGUCCACCCUAUUUUGAUCAAGUUUAUACUAUUCAUGCUAUUAAACAUGAAAAAGGUUAUCCAUGUGUCGUUGGUUUAUUAUGUGAUCGUAAAGCUCGUACUUAUACACAAUUAUUUCGUGAAUUGAAACAUCAUGCUACUCGUUUAAAAACAACAUUUAAUCCAAAUACAAUAACAAGUGAUUUCGAAAAAGCUUUAAUCAAAGCUGUUGCUGAUGAAUUUCCACAAGCACGACAUGUCGGCUGUUAUUUUCAUUUUACACAGGCUCUCUAUCGUAAUAUACAAAAACUUGGUUUAACAACGGCUUAUCGCGAUAGUGAAAGUACAAGAAUUGUAUGUCGAAAGUUAAUGGCAUUACCAUUAUUACAAUUAAAUGAUAUUGAAUUGGCAUUUGAAGAUUUAAAAGAUGAUUCACCUGUUACAUUACGCGAUUUAUUUAAUUAUUUUGAAAAUUUUUGGAUGACAGACAUACCACUUCAUCUUUGGAAUGUAUCUGAUCUUCAAAUUCGAACAAAUAAUAAUUGUGAAGGUUGGCACAAUAGAUUCAACAUUCGUGUGAAUAAACAUCAUCCAAAUAUAUGGCAUUUUAUCAAUUGUUUAAAACAAGAAGAAGUCUAUUUUCGUCAUCAAGUAAUACAAAUGCGAGCUGGUGCAACUGGAAGACAAAAAACAAAAAAGACAAAUUGCGUGCAGCGUCGUAUUGAUACUCUUAGUGAUCGUUAUGAAAAUGAUGAAAUAAAUUUAGAAGAAUAUUUAGAAGGUUUAUCAUUUGGUGUUGCUAAAGAUAAAACAAAAAAAAUAAAUAAAAAAUGA